AUGCUAGGCCCCGUAAUCGACUUCCGUGGGGACGACCAAAGGAUGAAGUUUAGCUACUGCGACGGCUAUUUCGAUUUCAUGGAGCUACGUUACCUUGAAGACGGCAUGGAGUUCGUCGACGAGCUCGUGCUUGACCACGAUGCGGAGGAUUAUGACGACUACCUGAAUUACUCUCAAUUCAAAUGGGAAGAGUGUGCCGAGGAGCUCGAGCGUCUCGAAGACUACUUUGUCGACCGGUGCACCGAGUCUUGCAUUACCAGUCACGAGUAUGCAAUACUGAUAACUUGGAAACACCAGGACGAGCGGUCAACGAAGGAGGCCACGGAAGAGGCUAUCGAGACCUGGGCGCUCCAACGUGGGCUUUGA